AAAGACUGACCUCCAGACAAAGAACACUGAGCGCUUAUCACCAGCACUGACAGCUUGGGAGAGAAGCAACAGGCCAGCAGAGCCACAGGAUCGAACCACGCAGGCAGAUAAGGCUUCCACUUUUGCAAACUCCACACCAACGUGCUUCCAACAAAGGGGUAGACCUUUUCAGAAAGACUAACGAGCCGCCUUGGUGAUUUUGCUGAGGAGUAGACGAGAGAAAAGCAGCAAGCAAGCUGGAGGAGGAACAGCACGAGGUCCAGCGGGCCCCACACGGCAAUUUCACCGUGAGUAUGACUGGUACUCUGGAGAAGGGGGCACACCAUCAGGUCUUAGACCUGUCUGAAGAGCUGUCGCCUCAGCACCAUCACACUCAUCAUCCCCACAACAACCAUCACUCGCACCUCCACCAGUCCAACUCGCUGGCCUCCACAGCCGCAGUGGGAGCUGGAGCAGGUAGGGAGACACCUUCACGUGUGGUGGUGCCUCCACCUUACUCUGCAGCUGAGAGCGGCGAUGCCCCGCUGGAGCUGCGGGGUUCCUUGGACUGCUGGGCCUGCUCGGUUCUGGUGACGGCUCAGAACCUUGUCAUUGCUGUCAUCAAUGCCUGCCUGGCCGGGCUCGUGUUUGGAAUCAUCCUGACGCCGGCCAACGUCAUGGUGGUCUUUGGCUUCCUCUGCCACUCUACAGUCCGCCCGCAUGGUACCAGCCCUCACUGCUCUGACCUGUUAACCGACGGGGGAUGCGUGGCUCUGCUGGUAGUUGGCUUCCUCUUAGUGACCCCUCUGCUGGUCCUGGCCCUGGCCGCUUACUGUCGCCUGGCCCGUCAUCUGCAGCUAGGUUUGUGCUUCAUUCCUUACAGCCGGGCCGUCUACAAGAACCUUCCGGCAUACCAGCAUCGGGGCCUGGGCACGGGCUGCUGCGGCGGGCGUGACGGGGCUGAUAGUGUGGGAAAGGGAAAGGUGUGGGUGUGAGAGAGGAGUAAGAAAAAUACUGUUCAAUAGAAUGAAGACAUCUAGGAAUAGGAUGUUAUAAUAGACCAUGUAAAAAGCAUGGUUGAACAAAUAAUGCUGAUAAAUCAGCCAUUAUCUUAUUGCAACAUUUUCCAGAGAAUUCUCUCUUCAUUAUUAUUCUUAUCUCCUAUAUUCCUAAGAAUCUGCUGUUUUAAAGGACCUACUGCAACAACAAAAAAAUAGUCAAAGAUGAUCAACCACCAGUUGAAUAGCCCUUUGCUAUUAGUACUGUUCAUGCUUUCUGAAAUGUUUCCAGCUUUUUAAAUAAACAUUGUGUUCAACUGCCUGUGUUGAAUGCCGUUAAACAUUUCUGAGGCAGUUUGUAUUAUUUUGGUCCCAAGUGCAUGUUUUUUUUAAACAGUUACUUUGUGAAGAUGCUGGUGGCAAUGAACUGCCCACAAUUUGAAAAUGCUUGUGUCAAUUAUUUUCUACGUCUAAAACUUGGGAAUGUAAUGUUCUGUUGCCUUUUUAUCAAUAAAUAUUGCUGAGCUGCCU